AUGUCAUCCCCCUUCAGGUCGCAACGUCAAGCCGGUUCGAUCAACUCUGGUGCUUCAUCCUCCUUUCCAGAACAGCCUGAAGAUUCAGACGUAUUUGCCUCGGGCAUGUCUCCCCUUCGGCCGAUCGAUCCAGAUAAGUUCGACCCUUUCAUUUCUGCUGCAAGUGAUAGCAGGAAAGUGAUACAAGGUGGAGACGACCCGUGGGACGAGAUCGCGACAAUGGUAGAUGAUCGGAACCUCGAUGCUUCUGAGCCGUCGGUUACAGGGGAUAGACAUAUCUUCAGGGGGUCUGCAAGUGGCAUACAGGCUCCUUACCAAGCGAGCAUCAAUACUGCUGAGCCCUCAUCUGCCGAUCCGUAUACAUCGUUUGCGCCUGAAUCUCAUACAUCUGCCUUCGACCAUUCUUUCCAAUCGUACAUGAACAUCGAUCUAGCUUGGAACUUUACGGAAGCUCAAGUCGUGCAGCAUCUCAAGUCGUCCCUGGAGGGAUACGUUCGCGGUAACAAGCUAGCCUUCGAAACGAAGUUCAGGUUUGGGCCGUGGCGUGACGGUGCGAAGGCUCAGAGGGCUCUUGAAAGAGGAUGUACCUUAGGGGUCAACAAGCUGCAUUGGAACGUUCAAGAUCACCACACUCCGCGUUACCUCAUCAUCGGGCUGGGUGAUGCCAUAUGGAAGGUCUUAGAAGCCGCUCUUGACGUCAACCUUGCAAUUCUUGACUGCUUGAUCGAAAAAGGGGACGUCCAACACCAACAGACAUCCCUCCUUGUCCGAAAGAAAUAUGGAACGUGUACCAGGGCACGACUAGGCAAGCUGAGGUGGAAUUACACGAAGAAAAAUCCGGAGGCCUAUAGAUGCGGAUGUGGAGGACAUGUUCACAUCGCGGCCAGAACUAUUGGCCCGAUCGAAUGUGCGCUGAAAAUGCAGCAGACCUUCGUCGAAUUCCGAGAGCACCUGCAUGAAGAAUUGACGAGGCCCGUAGGUAAUUCUGACAGUGAGGACACAAUGGAACAGUCCAGUCGAUCGAUUUCAGCCGAAACGGCCUCGACUCUGGACAUUACGGAUAGCGACUUUUCUGUCCUUGGCCAUUCUACGGCUGACCGCUUGCUGGACGAUGAGAAUCCUGUCAUAGAGAAUGAUUUCGACUUCGAGCAAGUCAGGAAGUCUCUCGCUGGGAUAGUCGAGCUUGGUCUCCCUUCUACAGACCUCGGAGUACCCGGUGCAUCCUUUUCAUCAAAGCAACAGACAUGCAUGAUGGAAUUACGACUACGAUUCGACAGAAUCUGCGCGCUGAACACAUCGAGCGCCCGGGACCUUCGACAGAAAGAUGCAGUAGAUGAAAUUGCAUCCACUUACCGGUCAUACAUCAGGCUGUGGAAAGCAAGCCUGGCGAUAGGAAUCGAUUCAUCCGCUCUUUCUCCUCUCAGGCAUAGGCUUGAAGAGCUGAAAGCAGCCUGUAGCUGCUCAAUCGUAAGGAUUAACUUCCUACAGGCGGGUCAGCAGGUUCAACACGGCAGAGCAUUCGGAUGUGAAUGCAUGCUUGGGCUUGUUCAUUCGAAGGCCCCGUUAUCUUGUGAUUUCGGCACUAUCCUGGCGCAGAUGCAUGUUGUGUUCGAUGCUUGUCGACAAGAGCUCGAAGUGGUACCUCAAUUCUGUUAUUGCUCCGUGCACGAUGAUCAUCGCCCCAAACGCCGUCACGUACGAUUUUACCAGGGAAUCUGUAAAGCAAUACGACGAUUUGUCGCAGUAGGCCCUGACGCCGAUCACCUUAUUCCUGCGAUCCUUUGUGCUCCCGGCACGCCAUUCGACAAGGCUUUAUAUGUUGGUCGCUUAGCGCAUAGGGAGGAAGAGUCGAUCUGGACCGGCACUCUGUGUUGA